GUACAGCGCGCUGUUAAGGUAAACAACGUGCCUUGUUCAUCAAUACAUAACUCUACACCGCAAUACUUCGAUUUCAGCAUACAAUUAGUGUUUGAAUAGUCAAUUGAAAGUAAAAGUAAACUACUCAAAUAAUAGGAAAACAGUUUAAAUCCUCCUUUAGUGCCCUUAGCGCAGUCAAGAGAGAACGCCAUCGACAACCUUUAUGUUUACCGCCUCUGUGUGAUAGUGCCCGUGCUCAAAGCAUAGGCGGCUGGCACAUGAAGCAUAAUACGUGGGAAAGUGUCGGUGGCACAAGCAGUCAAUCGUUUGCUGUGCUUCCGUAGUGCUCAAACUUGGCAUUCCCUUAUCAAGGGACCAGCUUUAAAUCAUUCUUCCCACUUCCCGCUCCUGGUAGUGUUAUGUGAUUGACACAGAUGCGCAUCAGAGAAAAGUACGAGUUUUCGUGAUUGAAAGUGUUUAAAUAUUGCGUUUGCGCUCGUUUUGUGAUGGUGCGUGCACACCACGGCCUUACUGUGUGCGAAAAUGAUGCAAAAACUGUUCAAACUUGUGACGCACCAGAAAACUUUUAGCACGGAAGAUCUGGUGCUGAACCCGAAGGAACAUCCCGAUCUGAAGCUAAACGACAUCGUCGAGAUAUACCUGCCGGAGGAUGAGGGAUGCCGGCUGCUCCUGCAGGUGACCUGCCUGAACAAAGACUUUAACUCGCGCGAAACGAUCAGCGUGGAGGUGAAUGUGGCCACCACGUUCAACCUGAAGGCGUACAACGAUGUGUACAUGCGCGUCGUUGAUCCGGCCGACGUCGCCCUCGACUCGGUGGAGAUCACGUUCAAGGACCAGUACAUUGGCCGGUCGGAGAUGUGGCGCCUGAAGACCCGCCUCACCAACACGUGCGUCUACCUCAACAAGAAAAUCGAAUCCUGCGAAGGAUGCAUCCGCUGCCAGGUGUACGAGAUGUGGUCGCAGGGCGAACGGGUGGCCUGCGGGGUGAUCAACGAGGAUACCAAGGUGGUGUUCCGCAGCAACACCUCGAUGGUGUAUCUGUUUCUGCAGAUGUCGUCCGAAAUGUGGGACUUUGACAUCUACGGCGAUCUGUACUUCGAGAAGGCGGUCAACGGCUUCCUGGCCGAUCUGUACAAGAAGUGGCAAAAGCUGGGCAGCAACCACGAGGUAACGAUCGUGCUGUUCUCGCGCACCUUCUACAGCGCCAAAAGCCUGGACGAAUUCCCACCGCACAUGCGCGACUGUCUGCAGAUCGACUAUCGCGGCCGGUUCUAUGAGGACUUUUAUCGUGUCGCGAUACAGAACGAGCGGUGCGACGAUUGGAGCACCACGCUGGUGCAGUUGCGCCGGCUGUUUACCGGCUACCGGGACGUGGUGCUGAAGUACCACGAGCGAACGGACCUUCCAGCCGGGGUGCGUAUUCCACCGGCCACGAACUCGACCGCUGCGCAGGGCAACUUUCUGGAGGUGCUGAACAUCUCGCUGAACGUGUUCGAGAAGCAUUACCUCGACCGGAGCUUCGACCGUACCGGGCAGCUGUCGGUAGUGAUCACGCCCGGCGUCGGUGUGUUCGAGGUCGACCGGGAGCUAACCAACAUCACCAAGCAGCGCAUCAUCGACAACGGUGUCGGGAGCGAUCUAGUGUGCGUCGGCGAGCAACCGCUCCAUGCCGUGCCGCUGCUCAAAUUCCACAACAAAGACACACUCACCUCGAUCGAUGACUACUCGAUGCCGCACUGGAUCAAUCUGAGCUUCUACUCCACGAACAAGAAGCUACCGUACUCGACGUUCAUACCGCGCAUUAAACCACCGCCAGCGAUCGGCGGCAGUACGGAACCGCAGCAGGCCCGCCCGCCCGGCACGGGCCGGUUGCGGCUGUCGAAGCAAGCGGCCGACAAGAAGAACGAGUACAUACACAACUGUCUGUUCGAUUACGACGCGUACGACGAUCAGAUAUUUCAGCUGCCGGCCGUACACGGCACGAGCUCGCUGCAGCGCAUCGCACGCACGAAGAAAACGUCCGUACCGAGCCUGGACGGGUUCGGGACGUAUGCGCGCGCCUGCGAAUGGGAGCAGGACACACUCAGCCCGUCCCGGCUGCGGCGAAAGAUGUCCGAUCCGGACAUACACCAUGCGUCGAACAGUUUGCUGAACGUGAGCGUUGCGUCGCGGAGCAGCUCACCGAACACGAGCGACAUUCUGGGCAUGCCAAAGCCGACCGCCAUCACGUCGCCCAUCAUGGAGGGGCGUACGGGUGCGUUCGGUUCAUCGAGUGGCCCGGUAGUACGUACCGGGCGGGCGUUAAUAAACCCGUUCGAUCCGUCACACGUUACCAUCAAGCUAACGUCGAAUCGACGCCGCUGGACACACAUUUUCCCAAAGGGCCCGCAAGGUGUUUUGAUACAGCAGCAUCACUAUCAAGCCGUACCGGCUGCCAAUCCAACGCCCAGCUACUUCGUGGAUCUUGACUCGAGCAGCGAGUAUGCGCACACGUCCACAUGUACCUGGGGCCGGGCCCGGCAGGGCAGUACCGCAUCGUUCGACAGCCGGCUCAACGAGGACGAUCUGAAGUGGAUCAGUGAAAAUGGAUGCAACCGGAAAAAGUCCGUCCUACACUCACCGGCCGGUCCGCACGUGCCUGUAACGCCCUCGAAAAGCCUUACCCUGCUGUGGGGGGCCACCGGCGAGCAGGAAUGGACACCGGCCCUUACCACAGUUGGCAGAGUGAUCAUAGGUGUGGACUGGAAAUCGCUAACCAUGCCGGCCUGUUUGCCGAUCACCACCGAUUACUUCCCGGACAAGCGUUCGCUGCACAACGACUACGUCGUGUCGGACUACACGCUGCUGCCGGAAGAUUUCAAUGCGGAUUACGCCCAAAACCGAGCCGUCUACAAGAAGCCACUCUCGACGGAUGAGGUGUUUAAGGAGCUCGUCUCGCAACGGCUGGCACAGGGAUUUCAACUGAUCGUACUACCGGACAAGAGUGUCACCAAUCCACCACACGCACCGUGCUGCGGAGGGCACCUUCAGACCCCGUCCUACUUUUCAAGCGCUAGCAGCGUCCUGCGCCGUCAACCGCCGCAGGAAGCAACGAAGGAGUAUCUGCUGUCGAUCGGACGCAUCUUCCAUCGCAUCACGCUUAGCGGUUCGGCCAUCACGGUCACACGCUACCGGCCACGUCAUCCCUAUCCACCGAUCAACGUCGACUAUCGGUAUCGCUUCCAUGCACCGCAGCACGACACGUACGAGGUGAGCGGUGUGCACUUUACCACGGAGAAGCUGGAAAACUUUAACUGGAACUAUAUGGACCAGUACAUCUGCACCCGUGGGGACACAGACUAUCCGCUGCAUGAGAACAUGAAAUACUGGCGCUACCGGAUGUAUCUCCUGCCGAAGGAUGAUCCAGCGAUGAAGAAAAUCCUCGACGGGACGGUGCGCCGCUGUGACAUCUACCACGAGGACAGUCCCUUCCCGCCGGAGCGGCAGAUCUGCAACGAUUUUGUGCGCUUCGUCGAGGCGCAUCUGAACAAGAUUAAAAAGCUCCAGCCGGCCAAGAAAGCGCGGGGUUGUCCGCAUCAAACGCACCUUACCAGACGACGCCACAGUACCAGCAUCCUGUCGAGGCCACCACCAAAUCAGCAGCAUGGUGGAUGGGUAAAACUGUAUUAUAACAGCACUAGUAAUGGGCAUCACCUUUCUCCACAUCAUUACCACCACAACAACAAUCAUCACCAUCAACAACAACAGCACACUCCUGAACGCUUUAUUUUCCCUAGCACUCCCGCCUCCGGUAACAGCAUUCUCACGCGAACCGGCUCCAAGGUGCUGGACAAAAGUGGCAGUGCUGUGCAGGCUCCUUCGCCCGUCGGUACGGGUGCGAUCGGUACCGGCACGGCCACCAGCAAUGGCACAACAUACGCCACGGGCAAUGGUCCUGCAACGCCCAACACACCCGGCAUCCCAUCGCCGAUGAUGAUGAACGUCAGCUCGGUCGGUGGACGAACGACGGUGGAUGGUAUUCCGCUGUCCACGCUUAAUACGGCCGGCACCGAGCAGGGUCUGCUCGAGGAUGGUGAUGAUUUUGGCGGCGAGGGAGGCAAGCUCAAGCCGACCGCCACGCUGCAAGAAAUCUUUGACGCGCUGCGCCACCCGGCACACGGCGUGGGGUUCCUGGCGCCGGCCCAGAGCAUGCCGUCGUGCACGUUCGUGUCGUACGAUGCGAUCAACUGGCUGCAGAAUCGCAUCGAGGGUCCGUGCAAGCCGGUGGAGAUACUGGAAGAAAUGAGACGCAAUCGUUUGAUCUGUCACGCGUCUGGCGACUUUAACAAACCGGUCCUGCCCGGCUUCUGUCUGUACUACAUCGUCCGGCAGGAUAGGGAUUCGCCCGAGUACGUACCGCCGCUCGGCGAUCUGGCCGCGUUCGAGAACGAGUGGAUGGAGGUGGAGAUCCGCCAUCCCGAUCUGACGCGCCCAGUCGAUCCGCACGAUCGCGGUGUGCCGACGUUUCUGCGCGAAUCGAUCGCCCGACCGGACGAGGACGACGAUGACGGGCAGCUGCUGUACAAGCAGACGCAUCUCGAGAUCGACGUCGGCUCCAAGUCGGACCGAACCGAGUGGGGCCAUGCCCGCUACCAUCAGCGCAUGGUGCCGGGGCACGCGUACGAGAUCGUCGUCCAGUGGAUUACCGCCUCCGGGCCGAUCGUGUACGAUCUCAUCUACGGCUGGUGCCGGAAGGCGCAACCGUGCGGCUUCCAGCUCGUCACCUUCCCGGCGGAUCCGCUGGCGGAACCGUUCACGGAAAAGUCGGACCCACUGCGCGGCCCGAUCUUUGUGCCGCUCGACAUCGACUGUCUGAAGCAGCAUCGGAGCUGCCUGUUCCAGGAGUUCCCGAAGGAGACGUGGCCGACGCGGUUGCUACUCUUCCAGGAAGCGAUCGUACGGCGGUUCGGGUUUAUGCGCUGCACGGUGGAAACGAAGACGGGCUCGAAUCAGGUAUCGCUCGACCAUCAGUACGUGCACUGUAGUGGGAACAUGUUCCUGCAGGUGCCGAACCCGAACGUGGGUGGGAUGCGGUCCACCCGCCAGCGGCUCGCGUCCGGUGGGAGCAACUUUAAGAAACCGAUCGCCUUCAUCAACCGCUACUCGGCGUCGUACGAAUCGCAGAUGGUGGCGGCACCGUCCGGGCACGAACCGUCCUACAUUACGCGGCACGUGACGGGCGCGAAGGGCAGUGCGAAGGACGAGGGCGGUGAGGUGAUGCGGCGGACCGGGUUCCUGUGGUCCUGGAACCACAUGAUACCGAACAAGAAGUGGAAAUCGCUCGUCAUCGCCCAGACGGACGAUCUGUUUCAGCUGAAGAUGUUGCGCGACUUUAAGGAGUUUUGUGCGAACGCGGACCAGCGGCUGGUCAGCUUCUGGGAGUCGUGCUGGGAGCUGAAGGAGAAAGCGUCACUCGAACGUACCUGAGGAGCGUGUGAAAGCGUUCCCUGGUUCCACACACAAACACACAAACACAACAAAAGAAGACAAUUGGUUGUUUUUUCUUAUUAUUUUUUAUUUCAUUGUUACUAUUGCUUGUUUAAUUGGUCGUUUAUUGACGGAACACGGAAGAAGGGGAGAGAAAAAUGGAAAUCAAAAAUAAAACACACUCGCAAAAGCUGGCAAUCAA